GCCCCGGAACCGGGGUUUAUCGCCGAGAAAGCUGCGUCGUACCUGGAGCCUCCGGUCCUGACGCCCCCCGCAGCCCGCCCUCCCCCGGCCCGGCCCGGCCCGCGGAGCCCGCGCCGCAGACAUGGGAAAAUCACUUUCUCACCUGCCCAUGCAUACGUGCAAGGAAGAUGGCUAUGAUGGAGGCACGGUGUCUGAUAAUAUGAGGAACGGUUUAAUUCACUCGGAAUCGCACAAUGAAGACAGCAGAUGUGGAGAUGUAUCGCAGUUUCCCUAUGUGGAAUUUACAGGAAGAGACAGUGUCACCUGCCCAACUUGCCAGGGAACAGGAAGAAUUCCACGAGGGCAGGAAAAUCAGCUGGUAGCCUUAAUUCCAUACAGUGAUCAGAGACUCAGGCCAAGAAGAACAAAGCUCUACGUGACUGCUUCUGUAACUGUAUGUUUACUCCUUUCUGGGCUGGCUGUAUUCUUCUUGUUCCCUCGCUCAAUCGACGUUGAGUACAUCGGUGUGAAGUCAGUAUAUGUCAAUUACGAACAGGGUAGACGUAUAAUAUACCUAAAUAUUACGAACACACUAAAUAUAACAAACAACAACUAUUAUUCUGUUGAAGUGGCAAAUAUCACAGCCCAAGUUCAGUUUUCAAAAACAGUUAUUGGCAAAGCACGGCUAAACAACAUCACCAACAUUAGUCCUCUGGAUAUGAAACAGAUUGACUAUAUGGUGCCUACAGUCAUACAAGAUGAAAUGAGCUACAUGUUUGACUUCUGUACUUUAGCAUCUAUCAAAGUGCAUAACAUAGUAGUGAUGAUGCAAGUGACAGUGACAACCUCUUACUUUGGCCACUCUGAGCAAAUAUCCCAGGAGAGAUACCAGUAUGUGGACUGUGGAGGAAACACAACCUACCAGCUGGGCCAGUCAGAAUAUUUAAAUGUGCUUCAGCCUCCACAGUAAAAGGAGCUGUUGGUUAGUGUGCGUGACUGCUAGUGAUGCUUGCAAAGACCUUUUGAGUAGGACUGGUAGGACAUGAAGGGGAGAGUAUGUGCAUGAGAAGCACAGUGAACAUGGUGACCUGUUCGCUUGAGAUGCAAGGAGGGAAAAGGUGCAAAAUGUAUAUAGAUGCACUUGUUAAAUGUUGUGUUUUCCCCUUCUGUUUGCUUUCUGUUACUGUAAGCACUUCUAUCAAGUUGUGUGGUGGGAGGGAGAGGGGGAAUAUCAGAUUCUUGAACUGAAUUGGGACCUUUCCUUGCAGUGUGGUACAUCAGCUUAGAGUAACUGUGUUUAUCUGUGUUUAGGUGAAAUGUCACUAAUGAGCAUUUUAGAAAAAAAUAAUGCACAUAAAAUUUAAGUUUAUAUUUCAGUUCUUGAUAUUUUACUAUUGAAACUGACAGUAUUACUGCUCAAGUAGCAAGAUUACUCUGAAGUAUCUGGGUGUGAAACUUCUACUAGUAACCCAGUGGCAAUAGUUCUUCAUUUUGGGAUUCUACUUUUCGUUUGCUAUACGUGAUUAGAGGUGACUUGCAGUCUGUGAAAGCCAGGAAAGCUCCCUUGGAUGACACUAUACUUGAAUGUGCAACUCUUAGAACCUGGCAUCUUUUCAUAUUCCCUGCUGCCUCUGGGAUGUUAUAAGGAGAAUGCAUGUUGUUAGAUUUAAAGUUGGAUUUAAAAACAAACCAAAAAACACCCUCCAGAAUCAUUACUGACAAAGAAAACAUUCAAGACUAGAAAAUGAAUGGGUAAAGACUUUGACAGCAUCUUCCUAUUUUGUUUUUAGUAAACUUUUGAGUACAGCUAUUAAAUCAAGAUUGUACAGUUGGGACUAGAUGGGAGGGCAUGGGUUUCAGCAGCUUGAUAGAAAUUUUCAUCACUUUUACUGUUUUAACAUACUGUAUAUCUAAGCUACUUGUGUUAAUGUGUUGAGGUGUGUAUAUUUAGUGCACAGGCUCAUUAAGCAGUGCAGUAGUUACAUGAAUCUGCAGAGCACUCACAGUUCACAUCAAGGUUAGGUAAGGCAGAAUAAAACAAUUCUUUUGUAAGAUGUAAUGAUGAGACUGACUUAUAACAACGCUAUAGAUUAAUUUAAUUACGAUAGUUUGCACAGUGAGAAAACUUGGGGUCAUCAUCAAACAUGGUGUUUGUAAAUUGUGGGUCCAAAGUUGCUUGACUUCUAAAGGCUGACUGUUCUAAGAGUUCAGUACAAAACUUUUUAAUAACCUGAUCAGGAUUCUUUUAUUUCUGAAUUAGAUAAGAUGCUGCUAUAAGAAGGUACCAUUGAGACUGCUGCAUUGUAAUGAAUAAUGUGUUUUAAAAUAGAUAUUGCGGAUUUUAUGCUGCCCACCUCCUGGAAAUAAGCUAUAUAAAAUUAAUUAGCAAUAAACAUUAUGGAUAAAGGCUGCUAAGUAACUUCUUGCAACUAACAAUCUCUUAUGCUCCAGUAUUUCAGUGAAAUUACAUGACUGUUUUACUCUUUUCUUUCUUGGCCUUUCUGAGAUGGACCUAAUUGGGUGUGGUGGGGAAAGAAUAUCGAUCAUGUAAAAAUGAUUUAAAAGAAAUUAACCAAACAAAAAACCCUCCUCUGUUUGAAUUGCCAUAAGCACUUACUCUGAAUGUCUAUGAAAAUUUUGGGACCUAAACUGUCAGUUUUGUGUAAUUGUUAAGAUAAAAAUGUCAAAGACUCUAAUCUUCCUAGAGUGUAGAAGAAGCUCAGUCCUGUGGCUGAUAAAAUGCAUGCACAAGCUUGUUUGAUAGUCUGAAAAGAUGCAAGUGAUAACCGAAGACAGGAUGGUGGGGAGCUGGAUAGAAGCAGAGACUGAAGUCUUCUAUGUUAUCUGUUGUAUCAGGAUUGUUUAUAUUGAAGAGCAGGGAGAGAAUUCUGGUUUAAAUCGUGUCAGAUCUGAAGUCAGCCACCAAGCGAUACGGGUUUUUUCUUCUAGGCUUAAAUAUUUACACCUAGAUAGUUGGGUUUGUUUGUUUGGGGUUUGUUUUCUUUUUUUUUUUAAGUUAAAAAGAAAACAGCCUUAGGCAGAUAAUUAUAUCCAUUUAAAACUUUUUUCUUCAAAGCAUAAAAGGGGAUCUAAAAUAACUGGAAUGGCACUAUGAUAAAAUUAUUUGGUGACAGCAAUGAAUGGUGCUUGAGCAACCAUGGUGGGGGGAGGUUACACUGCUACACAGUGAUGAGACUCAAACUGACCUAUGAAAGUUUGGCAGACAUACUGAGCAAGUUAUACUUAAAUCUGGAUCUUGUGUUGCAUGAAAUGCUUGGUAUUGGCCAACUUCAAAUAAAGAAUUGAGUGGAAUUAUUUUUUCCAUUUAUCUGGUGGGAGGGGAAAGAUACAGCUCUUAUUGUCUGUCACGAGAUAUCUAAUGGAUAUAAACUUUAACUCCAUUGAUUUAUAGUAGACUUAAUGAAUGACUAAGAGUUCCUAUCUUAAAAAAUAAAGGGUGGGGUAAAAAUCCUAUUGGUGAAUCCUUAAGUCAGUUACAGGAGUAACAAAGGUUUAAGAUUCUACAUGUCUUUGCAAAACUGUCAGCAUACUACUAAUCAAACGAGGCAAGUAUGUGAAUGUAACUACUAGUUUUAAUAUAACAUCUGGUCAGAUAAGCAGGUAAGCAUCCAUUUGAUUACUUAACUUAGACUUGAUUCUGUGGCUGAGUUUGGAAACAUGCUAAGGGAGCAAGGGAAGUCAGUAUUAACUGGUGUAACUUUGUAAACAAGCUAUGAGAAUAGAUACAAGUGACAGACCUGUAUUUAUUUCACACUACCUUUUUAUCUUUAAUUUAAAAAUAAAAAAGACAAGCCUUUCCAUUCACUGUAAAUCAAGAAGUACAAAUUCUCUCCAGAAAGUUGGCUUGAAGAAUCGUAAUUUUUUUUCUGGUUUAUUUUCCUCAGAGAUGGUUUCUGAAGAACUUAAGAAGUGAUUAAUUUAAAUUUUAACUUCCUCAUAAUUUUCAAAUACAAUCAAAAACAUGUACUGGCAUAGUAGUGUUGUAUUUUAAGGGAUUUACUUCUAGUAUAAUUCUUGUCAUGAGAACUCUUUUUAGCAAUUCCUGUACCAAAACUUGUUGCACUUUAAAAAAAGCUCUGUUAGUUAUUUCUUAAAACAGUGGUCCUGAUGUUACAGUGUAAUGGCAUAAUUGGAAAACAAAUUUAAUGUAUUCUGUAUGGUGUUAUUAUAACUUAAGGUAAAGUAAUGUGGAACAUUUAAAUGCAUAAAAAUGUUGGCUAUUUAGCCAUUCUGACCUGGAGAAGAAAAUUAUUUUUAAAUAUGAUGAUUUAAGAGUAAUGAAUUAAUAAAGCCACCAAACCAACUCAAAGAUCUAAAGAUCAAAUAACCAUUCUGAGAGAUUUAAAGGGAAAUGCUUUUACUCAAAGAUGUAGUACCUGACAAAUACUGUGCAAUUCCUCGUGUGGUGAAAAGUCUGUAGAAGCUGAUCCAUAAUUCUACUCACAUUGAUAUUUAGGGGGUAGUUACUUAAUUCUUAGUCUUUUUGAAGUCAAGCAUAACUAUCCUGCAUGGUAUAGCUUUGGCAUUCUUAAUGCACUUCUGAUGUGUGCAUGACCUUGAGAUUAUCAUCGUGGUGUCUAUAUUUUGGAGCUUUAUGUUGGCAGAGUUAAGUACUUGCCUUAGUUGACUUUGCUCCAAAUUGUUAUUGAAGUUAUGCAAGUGAAUAAUUUUUUUUCGUAGUAGUACAUUGCAAAUGUGACUGGGCAUUUUAUAAUGUGUUGUGUAAAGCUAACCCUUUAAGCACUGAAUCUCUGAGGAAUUGAACUGUUAAGGUCUUUAACCAUCUGACCGAAAUGUUGUGCCUUCAUGAUGGGAAGGAUAGUGCUUGGAGGAUUAUGCAAAGACUUCUAGAUUCAGAAAAUAAUAAGAGAAGAAGUGUUAUUUCAUAUUCUGCAGUUAAGGUUUCCCUUUCUUCCCUAUCAUCCACACCCCCCCCCCCCCCCCCCCCCCCGUGUUUUUUUUUUGGUGGUGGUAAUGAGAUGUUUAGUUACAGUUUUGCUUUUCUUCCCACCCCCACAUCUGUAGUGGCACAUCUGUCUGUUCCCACAUAACAUCUUCUGAAAUCAGUCCCAAGUUGUUUCAGAGUUGGGCAGCUAUAUGAAGUUUAACACCAGUUGGACCAGAGUUUGAAAGUUAUGAGCUAAGUAAGUAAAGCAGUAAUUCCUCUUGAGAACUAAAUUUUUUACUUGCCUAUCUAACAGAAUGCCUGAACUCUAGCAAUACUUCCAGGCUUGCUGGUACUUCUGGAAGGGAAGGAUAAGUAAUGUAAGUACAACCAAUGUACUCCAGUGACGGACUACUGCAGCCAGCAAAAUAUUUGUGUGUGCCCUGAUAGUGCCCGAAAAAACCUAGAUCGGUGUUUUGGCUUCAGGAAAGGAGGAAUAAAACUUGAGCCAAAACACAGUUGAAAGGUUGAAAAUGAUAAUUUGAGUAUGGCAAAAACAUCCAAUGUUUGUCUGGAGAAGACCCCUUCAUGUUUUACCUUUAGCUGGGGAAUUCUGGCCAUUACUAGAGGGGUAGUUUGGCAUGGGUUGUUCUGCUGCCCUACAGCUUUUGUCACGUAAGCCUGCUUUUCAGCCUGUGAGCAGGCCUGUGGGACAGGAACAGUUGUCUUCAAGGAGUCUGCAAUUACAGUUGGCAUUUGGUCCUGCAGCAUAGUGUGAGAAUGUUUGGUGGCAGCAACAUAGUGAUCCUCAUGUUGUCCUUUUCCACUAAGUGUCAUAAGGGUCUUACAGCCUGGAUGCGUAUGUCUUUUGGGUGCUGAAACUGCUUUUGCUUUGUAUGGGCAAGGAUAUUUAGUGCCAGACAUGCAAGUGUAUUACUGUGCCUGAAUAAUUUUGGCUCUGACUGUCAGUGAUUUAGUUCUUUUUUUUUUGGUUUUAAGAAAGCAAACGUAACCACUGUUAACAUCCACUGUACAGAGUGUGCAUAUAAUAGCUUGAGAUAUCUAUAGAAAUACUAAUGAGUGAUAACUAUUUUUGUAACUUAAGAAUUGUAAACCGUUGUUCUUGUAACUGUGUAGCAAACAAUCUAUCAACUUAAGCAUGAUAAACACUAAGUCAAGGGGUUUGUGGGAAUGAGUUGUAGGACACAGAAGCUAUCUUAAUGUAAGUUAACUGGGGCAAUGGAUCUUGAUAUUUAGGGGUUCAAAAUCUGGAGUUAGCUUCAUUAUUAAUGUGGUUCUAGACAGGAUUGUUUGACUCAAAGAAUGAUAUUAAAUUUUAUAUUAAAAAAAGCUUGGGUCUUGUAUCUCAUUUUUUUAACUACUUAAUAUAUUUCUCUCCUCCUUCCCCAUCUCCCACAAGUUUUCCCCCUAUCUUCCCAGAAGCUUUCACAUCUUUUCAAUGGUAUGAUUUCAAGGUUUUGAACUAUUGGCAUUCCAUGAUGUAAAAACUUUGCAAUGUACUUUUUUUUUUUCUUGGUACUGUGCUUUAUAUUAAGUCUAUAAUAAACUGGAAUACCUGAAAGCUGA